UUGAGAGAUAUCAGUGAUCAUUCUUGUUUGGAAAUUACUCUUAGCAUUCAACAGAUUUCAGAAAUGGAGAUUGGCUUGGCAGUUGGUAGUGCAUUUCUCUCUUCAGUUUUGAAUGUUCUCAUUGAUAGGCUUACUCCUAAGGGUGAGCUGCUAAAGAUGUUUCAGAAGCAUCCGGAUGGUGUUCAGCACUUAGAGAAGCUGCGGGAGAUUUUGCUUGGUCUUCAAAUUGUGCUAAGUGAUGCAGAGAAUAAGCAAACAUCAAAUCGACUCGUGAGCAAGUGGUUAAAUAAGCUUCAAGAUGCUGUGAACUCUGCUGAAAACUUAAUUGAACAAGUCAAUUAUGAAGCAUUGAGUCUUAAGGUGGAAGGUCAGCUUCAAAAUCUUGCAGAAACAAGCAACCAGCAAGUAAGUGACCUCAACCUUUGCUUGGGUGAUGAUUUCUUUCUUAAGUUGGAAGACACUAUUAAAAAAUUGGAGAAUUUGCAAAUGGAUAUUAGUGGCCUUGGCUUACCGAAACAUUUUGGUUCGACGAAACAAGAAACUAGAACACCUUCAACUUCUUUGGUUGAUGAAUCUGCUAUCUUUGGUAGGCAGAAUGAUAUAGCGGAUUUGAUUGACCGUUUAUUGUCUGAAGAUGCAAGUGGAGGAAACCUAACUGUAGUUCCUAUUGUUGGAAUGGGCGGCGCGGGUAAGACAACACUUGCUAAAGUGGUUUACAAUGAUGAGAAGGUGAAGAACCAUUUUGGUUUGAGAGUUUGGUAUUGUGUUUCUGAGCCAUAUGAUGUUUUCAGAAUAACGAAAGGGUUACUUCAAGGAGUUGACUCAUUUGACCCGAAGGAUGACGGCAAUCUUGAUAAGCUGCAGAUCAAAUUGAAGGAAAGCCUGAAGGGAAAGAAGUUUCUUGUUGUCCUUGAUGAUGUGUGGAAUGAUACCUAUAGUGAGUGGGAGAGCCUGAGAAAUGUUUUUGUAGAAGGAGAUAUGGGAAGUAAGAUCAUUGUAACAACACGUAAGAAGAGUGUUGCUAAGAUGAUGUGCGCUAAGGAGGUGGAUCAUUGCACCAUCACUGUGGGGACUCUGUCUAGUGAAGACUCUUGGGCUUUAUUCAAACGACAUUCACUAGAAAAUAGGGAUCAUCCAGAACUUGAAGAGGUUGGGAAAAAAAUUGCAGACAAUUGCAAUGGGUUGCCUUUAGCUCUAAAGGCAGUUGCUGGUACUUUACGUGGAAAAUCAAAGGUGGAGGAGUGGAGAAACAUUUUAAGAAGUGAAAUAUGGAAACAGGAAAGUUGUUGGAAUGGUAUAUUACCAGCAUUGAUGUUGAGCUACAAUGAUCUUCCUGCACAUUUGAAGCAAUGUUUUGCUUACUGUGCAAUAUACCCCAAAAAUUGUCCAUUUUCCAAAGACCAAGUUAUUCAUUUGUGGAUUGCUAAUGGUUUUGUAAAGCAGUUUUGUUCAGGUAACCAGUGCUUUCUCGAGUUGAGAUCAAGAUCACUGUUCGAGAAGGUCCCAGAGUCUGAACGGAAACCGGGGGAAUUCUUAAUGCAUGACUUUGUCAAUGAUUUGGCCCAAAUUGCAUCUUCAAAACUUUGUAUUAGGUUGGAAGAAAACGAAGGAUCUGAUGAUAUGUUGGAACAAAGUCGGCACAUGUCCUAUUCCAUGGGACGAGAAGGUGACUUUGCGAAAUUGAAACAACUCUCCAAAUCAGGGCAGCUGAGGACAUUGCUUCCAGUCAAUAUCGUCUUUUGCUUUUAUCAGCUAAGCAAGAGGGUGUUGCAUAACAUACUGCCAAAACUGACAUCCUUAAGGGCAUUAUCAUUGUCAGGUUAUGAGAUUGAGGAGUUUCCAAAUGACUUGUUUGUCAAAUUAAAGCUCCUCAGAUUUUUGGACCUUUCUGGGACAAAGAUUAAAAGGUUGCCAGAUUCUAUUUGUGCAUUGUAUAACUUGGAGACACUUCUCCUGUCAUCUUGUGCUGAUCUUGAGGAGCUACCGCUGCAGAUGGAGAAGUUGAUAAACUUGCGUCAUCUUGACUUAAGCAACACUUUUAACUCGAACUUGCCUCAUCUUGACUUAAGCAACACUUUUAACUCGAAGAUGCUGCUACAUCUGAGCAAGUUGAAAAGCCUCCAAGUGUUAGUGGGAGCCAAGUUACGUCUAGGUGGUUUGAAAAUGGAAGAUUUGGGUGAACUAGAGAACUUGUAUGGAUCUCUAUCAGUUUUAGAGUUACAGAAUGUGGUCGAUCAAAGGGAAGCUCUGAAAGCAAAAUUGAAGGAGAAAAAUCAUGUUGAGAAUUUAUAUUUGGAGUGGAGUGAAAGAAGUACUGCUAACGAUUCACAAACUGAAAUUGACAUACUUGAUGGGCUACGCCCACACACAAACAUAAAAGAAGUUGAAAUCACUGGAUAUAGAGGGACCAAAUUUUCAGGGACCGAAUUUCCAAGUUGGCUGGCUGAUCCUUUGUUUCUUAAGCUAGUAAAAUUGUCUCUUAGCAACUGCAAGGACUGUUUUUCUUUGCCAGCACUAGGAGAACUUCCUUCUUUGAAAAUCCUUUGCAUUCGAGGGAUGCAUAAAAUAACAGAAGUGAAGGAAGAAUUUUAUCGCAGUUCAUCCUCCAAUGAGCCUUCUAACUCUCUUGAGAAGCUUGAAUUUGCAGAUAUGCCAGAAGUGACGAAAGAAUUUUAUGGCAGUUCAUCCUCCAAAAAGCCUUUUAACUCUCUUGAGAAGCUUGAAUUUAAAGAUAUGCUGGCGUGGAAGCAUUGGCAUGUACUAGGAUGUGGGGAGUUCCCUAAACUUGAGAAGCUUUCAAUUGAAAAUUGUCCGAAGUUGAUGGAGAAGUUGCCUGAAAAUCUUUGUUCUCUGACAGAAUUGAUAAUUUCAGAAUGUCCUCAACUGAAUUUGGAUAAAUCCCAACUUAAGGGAAUGAAGCAGAUUGUUGAAUUAAAGAUUGGUGAUUGUAACCAUCUUACCUUACCUUUUAGCAUACUGCCCAGUACCUUGAAGAAANAGCUCAAGUGUCUGCCAGAAAUAGAGCUCUUCAAUUUACAAGUCCUGAAGAUCAAAAAUUGCAUGAAACUAGUGAACGGCAGAAAGGAGUGGUGUUUACAGAGACUCCCCUGUCUUACAGCGUUAGAGAUCAGACAUGAUGGCAGUGAUGAAGAGAUCCAACAUUGGGAGUUGCCUUCCUCUAUUACAAGACUUAAAAUAUACCGUCUGAAAACAUUCAGCAGCCAAGUUCUCAAAAGCCUCACCUCUCUUCAAUAUCUAUUUAUUGCUGAUUUACCUCAAAUUCAGUCACUGCUGGAACAAGGUGGGCUUCCCUCCUCUCUUUCUGAGCUACAUUUAGAUUACUAUGAUGAGCUCCAUUCACUACAUCUUUGCCACCUCACUUCCCUUCUACGUUUAAACAUCAACAAUUGCCCUAAUCUCCAAUCACUCUCCGAAUCAACACUGCCCUCCUCCCUCUCUCAGCUGACCAUCGAGAAUUGCUAUAAUCUCCAAUCACUUUCCGAAUCAGCAUUGCCCUCCUCCCUCUCUCAGCUGACCAUCGAGAAUUGCGAUAAUCUCCAAUCACUUUCUGAAUCAACACUGCCCUCCUCUCUCUCUCAGCUGACCAUCAGAAAUUGCCGUAAUCUCCAAUCACUUUCCGAAUCAGCACUGCCCUCCUCCCUCUCUAAGAUGACGAUCAAGAAUUGCCCUGAACUCCAAUCACUCUCCGAAUUUGCACUGCCCUCCUACCUCUCUGAGCUGAUCAUCAAGGAUUGCCGUAAUCUCCAAUCCCUUUCAGUAAAAGGGAUGCCCUCUUCCCUCUCUAUACUAGAAAUGCAUGUGAUGAUUAAAACAAAUGGUGCUCCCACUGAUUGUGGAAUGUCUUUUGCUCAAUCCACACCGAAAAUUGCUCAUACUUCCACCAUAAAUGUUGAUUGGGAGAACCUGAUUUUGGUAACAGUAUAUGUAAGCUGUUACCGCUCUAGCUCAGUUUGUACCAGGAAAAAUAUAAAUUAUGUUGUGCUUAUCAUCAAACUUGCUGCAAAUGGGACGUACAGCUCUGAUGGAACCCAAAGACGGAAAGCAAGAGACGACACAAUUAUUGAACUUUCUGUAUUGAGAAAUCGGAAUUUCUGGACGCAAAUGAUACCAAGACGGAAAGCAAGAGACGACACAAUUAUUGAACUUUCUGUAUUGAGAAAUCGGAAUUUCUGGACGCAAAUGUUCAUACUGCUUAAAAUUUCUUCAUUUGAGGAUGGCGCUCCCAACAAGAUUUUCUCCAUACCCAGGGAUCAAAACCUGAGGUCUCUGGUUAAGGGUGGAGCAAUCUUACACUGCACCACAACCCAUGUUGGUGUAUGCACUUAA